GAGAAACAACCAAUUAAGCCAUUGAAUUGAAAUAACAUCUAUAUCAUAAAAAAAAAAAAAACCCAUAAUUCUUAGAUAGAUGACUAAUCGAUCUUCCUGUUCUGAUUGAUAUUAAUUUUGAUAAUUAAUUUGUGUGAGGUUCCUACUCGAUCUUCUGGUCGCCAUGGGUAAACAUGACAUUGAGGCAGGGUUACCCCAUGCACAAGGCGACGCGCUCUAUCCAUAUAUGAUAGAGUCACCUCAGCUACGUUGGGGAUUCAUACGCAAAGUUUAUGCCAUUAUUUCUUUGCAGCUGCUUUUCACAGCUGCAUUCGCAUCCUUCUUCAUCUUCUUCACACCCGCAAGGAAUUUCGCUAGGUACAAUCAAUAUCGCAUCUGGGUAUUCUUUGGAGCCGCCAUUUUCUCUAUCAUACUUUUGUUUGUGUUGAGCAAAUUUUACAAGAAACACCCGGUGAAUCUCUUUCUUCUUGGUCUCUAUACCCUCUGCAUGUCCGUUACAGUUGGAUUCGCUUGUUCUUUUGUCGAUGCAAAGAUCGUCCUAGAGGCUGCGUUUCUUACAGGUGUGGUGACUGCCAGCUUGACGAUCUACACAUUUUGGGCUGUUAAAAGAGGCAGUGAUUUCAGUUUCCUAGGCCCAUUCCUCUUUGCUUCCAUUAUGGUCAUGUUAUUAUUCGCACUCAUUCAAGUGUUUUACCCUCUAGGACCAAUCGGGCGUAUGAUGAUUGCUUGCAUUGGUGCAAUAGUAAUGUGUGGUUUCAUCGUAUAUGACACUGAUGACCUAAUCAAAAGAUACACCUACGACGACUACAUUUGGGCUGCUAUUUCCAUCUAUGGCGAUGUUAUCAGCCUCUUCAUCUAUCUGCUUACAAUUUUGAAUGAACUUUUUUAAGUUUAAGGUUUUAGCCAGGGGCAUGGAUGUGCAUGUGUCUUAACUAGGAUUGUCAUCUUCACAAUCUUUAUAUAAUAGGGCAGCACAAAGGCCUAAUCGUAAUUAUGAAACAUGCAUUAACGAUUUUAUUGUUAAGGAAUUAUUUUGUCAGUUAUAAAAGGUUGAACUUUUGUCAUUUAACAAUUCUCGAUUACCCAA